AUGUCAGCUGCAAAUAGUACUUGGGAAGAAGAGUGUGGGAACGGGGAGAGGUUUGAACGUGUCGCUUUGAUCAUGACUGUGACUCUGGAGAGAGGAGAGGCUUGGGUUUGUGUUUUCAGCUGUGCUGGGUGGGUCGGUGUCGGCCUUGGCCAGAGAAGCAGCGUUUUUCACUGCUUAGAGGGGAACUUUUUGAGAAAACCCAGAAUACCAGGAAAGGGAACUUUAAAGAUCAUCCACCUUACUACACGAUUGCCAAAAGCUGGAGAAACUAUCCUUGGACAUAAGUUUUUUGUUGGUUUUGGUGGGAAAGGAGCCAAUCAGUGUGUCCAGUCUGCUCGACUUGGGGCCAAGACUUCGCUGAUCUGCAAGGUUGGGAAUGAUUCCUUUGGCAAUGAUUAUGUUGAUAAUUUGAAGAAGAAUGGUAUUUCUACAGCAUUUGUAGGUCAAACUGCAGAUGCUGCUACUGGAACUGCUUCAAUAAUUGUCAACAGUGAAGGACAGAAUGUUAUUGUCAUAGUCCCAGGGGCCAACCUGCUUUUAAAUUUUGAAGACCUGAAGAGGGCUUCUGAUGUCAUCUGUAAAGCCAAAGUGGUUGUUUGCCAGCUAGAAAUAAACCCUGCUGUUUCUCUUGAAGCUCUGAAAAUGGCACGUGCCAGUGGAGUAAAGACUUUGUUUAAUCCAGCUCCAGCCCUUGCUGACCUAGAUCCACAGUUUUAUACCUAUUCUGAUAUCUUCUGCUGCAAUGAAACUGAGGCAGAAAUUUUAACGGGCAUCCCAGUUGGCAACCUUGAAGAUGCUGAAAAGGUGGGACACAUGCUGUUAGAAAGAGGGUGCAAGCUCGUAAUUGUUACUCUUGGAGCAGAAGGCUGCAUGAUGAUGUCAGGAGACGAACCCAUUCCAAAGCACGUUCCUGCUGGGAAGGUCAGGGCUGUGGACACUACGGGCGCUGGAGACAGUUUUGUGGGAGCACUGGCUUUCUACCUGGCCUACUAUCCCAAGUUAUCCGUGGAGGAAAUGAUCAGGAAGUCAAACUGUGUCGCAUCAGUGAGCGUCCAGGCACCGGGGACACAAUCUUCAUAUCCUUACAGGAAGGACUUGCCUCAGGACCUUUUCUAA